AAGCCUUAAACCCAAAAAACCCAAAAUCAAAAUCCAAAAAAAACACAAAACCCAAGUUCAACCCAAACCCAAAAUAAACCCUAGUUUUCCUUUCUCUUUAAAAGGGGAAGGAUGUUCGGCAGUGAGGGAGGGGGCGGCAGACAUUCAAAAAAAAGGGGGAAAGAAAGAUACAGCAGAUCUGGUUUUGGGGCAGGGGAAGAGUUCGGUAACCAAAAGAAAAGAGUGCCUUCUCUCAAUUUCUUUCCCCAUCCUUGGCCUUCCCUCAAUUUCUUUCCCUACCCAUGGCCUUCCCUCUUUCCUUCCGUUGUAAUUUGGCUUUCUUUCUCUGGGCAUUCUGCAAAUCUGGUUUUUGGGGAGAAGAGCAAGGCACAGCAACUAGAAAGUGAGGAAUGUUUGAGAUGUGGUUUUGAAGAGGAGCCAUCGGAUAAAAGGGGUUGAAUUCAGAUUUGUUCUUGGGUUCCAUUUUUCUGAUUUUUGAAGAGAGCCGACAUCAAUAGCCACGGAUCUGUGGUCUUUUCUACGCCUCACAGUAGCCGCUCACCAUCUUCUCCAUCGCACAGCAGCUAGCCGGCCGGCCUUCUCAAUUUUCUUCCAUCUCUGCUACUCUGUCUUGGGUUAGGUAUUUUCUGAAACAGAGGGAUUUUAGGAAAAGGGAGUGAAGGAGACGAACGGAGCUUGAUCCCGUGGGUGGGAUCCCUCCUCUCUGAUCUGGACCUACCUCCUCCUAAAAAUUCCACCGUGGAUGUUUCUGUGAUUUUCUGUUGAUUUUGUUUAGAUCUGUGUUUAAGCUUGUAUUUAGUUUGUUGAAAAAUGAAUGGGAAUCAAAGAUUGUUCUGUUU